AUGUUAAUAGAUACCGGAGCCACCAAAACUUUCAUCAAUAGUAAAAUCUUACAUCAUUUAGUAUCUGUAGAUUCUAUACUAAAGCAACCUUCUUCUUUUUUAUUAGCUGACGGUAUUGCAUCGUUUAAAGUUCUUGGAUUAGUAGAUUUAACCAUUGAAUUUAAUGAUUUUGUUACUCCUAUUAAAGCCUACAUCGCUCAAAAUUUAUGUACAGAUAUAAUAAUAGGCAUGGAUUACAUAAAUCGAUAUAAUAUGAGUAUAAAUGUUAAGAAACAAACUGUUCAUCUUGAAUCUCAUAAUCGACAUGCUGUAGUUCCGAUCAUUAAUCCAACCAAAUCUAUUAAAAUACCAGUAAUUUCGUGUAGUACGAUAUCACUUUCUUCUAAUACAGCAACAACCAUACAAGUUAUCAUACCUAUUUCAGCUAUUUCUUUACCAUUUAUUCCAAAUUCUUCGUUUAAGAGUCACAUACUUAUUGAUAAUAAGAAAAAAAACCUGGACUUUCAAAAUUAUCAUAGUGAACUUGUGUUCUAUAAUUCUAAGGAAAUUCCUAAAUUCAUACGAAAAGGUACUUGUCUCGGAUAUUUGUUGUGUGGUUCAAUGUUUCAACAUCCUCGUACUUUUUAUUCGUCAAAUUUUCAUUUAAUUGGAGCUACCAGAGGUACUGGUAUCGCCCCAGCAUCUAGUGACCUGAGCAUAAACACCGAUUCUAAUAAUGGUACCUAUGCAUUAAGCAACAAGCAUACUAAGUGUAAGAAUAGACUACCCUCUUCGCCACCGAAAACGCUUGUCAGUUCGAAGAUAAUAAAUAAUCCUAUAGUCACGCAACAUCUAAAUUCACUUGUUAAGAACAUUCCAGAUGAUCAAAUCAAACAGGCUCUUUUGUCGUUGUUAGAGAGUUUCUCUAAUCUUUUUGACAUCACCAGACAUAAUAUAGCUCGUACCCCUGUCCCACAUGUUAUCAACACCAUUCCUCAUUCGCCUCCUGCUAACAGACCCUAUCCUCAACCAGAUAAAGAAGAGGCGAUGUAUGAGUUAGUCCAAGAGUUCUUGAAAGCAGGUCUAAUAUCGGAAUCGAAUUCCCCGUAUGCAGCUCCAGCAUUGCUUGUUAAGAAAAAAGAUAAUUCGUUUCGAUUUGUGGUAGAUUACAAGCGGUUGAAUGCUAUAACUAUCAAAGAUUCUUCUCCUCUCCCCAAUAUAGAGGACACCAUUCUUAAAUUAGGGAAAGGUUUUAGCUAUUUUUCAAAGUUUGAUCUAAAAUCUGGUUUUUAUCAAAUACCCAUUAAUGAGACAGAUAGGGAAAAAACAGCUUUCAUUACACCUUUUGGGUUGUACCAGUUCAAUGUCUUACCGAUGGGAUUAAAAAAUUCCCCUCCUACGUUUCAGCGAGUCAUGACAGAAACUCUCAAAUCAUUUCGUCAUUUCUGUCUUGUUUAUCUCGACGAUAUUAUUGUUUUCUCAAAAACCUUUCCUGAUCAUUUGAAUCAUCUAAAAAAUGUGUUUUCAGCUUUACAAGAUAAGAAUUUAGUAUUAAAUCCACUAAAAUGCGAAUUAGCUGUUAAACAGAUUGACUAUCUAGGUCAUACUAUAACCGAGAAUUGUGUCACACCAACGAAAGAUAAAAUCGAGGCAAUUUUGCAAAUACCAGAACCCCGUACUUUAGCUCAAGCGAAUCGUUUUCUCGGAUCUUUAGGUUGGUACCGACGGUUUUUACCGAAGUUCGCUGAGGUAGCCGCACCAAUACAUAGUGUGACAAAUCUUACGAAACCCAACCGAAGGAAGUUUAAGUGGCAAGCUUCUCAAUCUAACGCUUUUCACCAACUUAAGCAAAUGCUAACCACCGAACCUUUAUUUCUAAAUUUUCCUGUCGAUGAUAUACCCGUAAUAUUAACUACAGAUGCUAGUGAUCUCGGAAUAGGUGGCGUUUUACAGCAAGAGGUUAAUGGGCAAUUCCGUAAUUUAUGCUAUCAUUCUCAAACUAUUUCACCAUGUCAGAGAAGAUAUAGCACGAUUGAAAAAGAAGCCCUAGCUAUAUACAAGUGUCUAGAUCGUAUGCGUUCCCUUGUUCUAGGCAGAAAUAUCAUUAUCAUGACUGAUCAUUGUCCCUUAUGUUCUAUAAUGCAGAAGUCUUGUAAGAAUAAUCGGGUGAAUCGUAUCACUCAUUUGAUUCAAGAAUAUAACAUCGAUAAGAUCAUCCAUAUUCGUGGUCAGUAUAAUUGCCUACCCGACUAUCUCUCGCGCUAUACAAAAGAACCAUUUGACGACUUAUUUGAUAUUGACUAUGGUUUAGCUAGUACAGAUCAAUCCCUAUCAUUAUCACCAACACCCACAAAUGAUAUUAAUAAUUCAUCAUCAGAUAAAUUAGCUUCUCCUAAGGAUCCACUAAUUUUAGCAUCCAUGACGUUAAGACCUCGUAAAAAUCAAGUUCACUAUUCAGAAGAAUCUAUUUCGGAUACAAAUGAUUUUGAUAGUCAUCACAGUUACGUUGACAUGCCGAAUUCAAAUCCUAAACGUAAAACUAAACUAACACCUCAGAUUUCACAAAACUAUUUUGAUACAACUCAGUUAGAAGUCGAACAAGAUCGAGAUUUUAAGAUACAAAAUAUAAUCAAGAAUAUAUCUACUAACUCGAAUCAACAUCAGUUUAUAUUACAGGAUAAUAUUCUUUACAAAAUAAUUCGUUGUUUCAACAGUUCUAACCGCCUCAGUAAAGUCAUAUAUUUACCACGAUCAAUGAUAAAUCCUUUAUUAAAAGCAUGUCACGAUGAUCCACUUUCAGGCGCUCACUUUUCUACAGAUCGAAUGUACUAUAAGAUACGCCCACAUUUUUGGUGGCCUGGUAUGAAAACCUCAAUUCAAAGUUACAUUAAGUCUUGUAGUUUGUGUAAGCAAUUUAAUGUAGAUCGUGCGAAAAAACAUGGUCAUUUACAUUCUAUUUCACCACCUACAGAACCAUUUGCUUUAAUAGGAAUUGACUUUUGCGGUCCUUUACCUAGGACUCCUCGUGAGAAUCAAUAUGUACUUGUAAUUACCGAUUACUUUACGAGAUUUAUAACCGCAAUCGCCUUACCGAAUUGUACGGCUGACAUAACAGCACGAGCCUUGUUUGAGGACUUUUUCUGCAAAUUCGGUAUUCCAUCCGUUAUUUUAAGUGAUCGCGGUACUCACUUUCAAAAUAAGUUAAUGGAGAAUCUUCAAAAUCUCAUAGGAUACCAUCAUAUCUAUAGUACUCCAUAUCAUCCUCAAACGAAUGGUAUCGUUGAAAGAUUCAACGCUACUUUUGUAGCUCAAGUUUCUAAGCUGCAAAAUACUCAACAUAACAACUGGGAUGAGUAUUUGCAAGCAGUAGUUUUUGCUUAUAACACCGGAGUACACAAGACUACCAAAUUUUCACCCUAUGAGUUACUCUAUGGUCGCCCUGCUCGUCUUCCCAUACACAUUCAGCCUAAAGAGUUCACAUUUUCGAAGCCUAAUGACUACUUUGUACAAUUAAAAAAGACACUACGUCUGUUUCAUCAAGCUUCGCGUGAAAAUAUUUUGUCACAACAGCGAACUAAUCAGGCUUAUUAUAAUAGAAAUCGUCGUGAUCCACAACUGAAAUUAGGAGAUAAAGUUUUAACACGUGUUCAUAUUGCGAACGGGAAACUAGAUCCGAAAUUUUCUCCUAUUCCAAAAAUAGUCGUUGAGAUUCACCACCCUAUGUACGUAGUCGAAGACGAAUGUACUCAGAUAAGAUCCCAAGUACAUAUCAGUGAUCUACGACCGAUCAUUAUCACAUAA